ACUGAGGUGGGUGCCCCGUCCCAGGCUCCCCCGCCCAACCAGUCCUCCCAGUGCUGAAGCCCCCUGAAGGGGCCCUGCAGGUCAGGCCCCUUGUCCUGAAGAGAGGGGCGUUCCUGUGUGGGGUCCCCGUAUCAGCCGAUUUGAUGCAGCCUCAGAGCUCCUGUCAGGGACCUCAGGUUCAGGGCAUGAAGGCGCUGCCGAGUGGGCUGUGUUGGAGCGUCAGGGGCGUGUGUUGUUUCUGCGGGAAAGAGAGGGUUUUGUGAAUUCUCGCUUGGAAUGGCAACCUGAGCAGCUAGUAACCAUGGACGGUUGUCAAGGGAGGGACAGUUGGAGGGGGCAGGUCCAGAGUUCGAAGUUUCAAGUUAGGAAAACCAGGUAAGGAAUGGACACAGGGAGGCUGGCGAAAAGGCCCUGAGGCCACUGCAGUAGACUCAGGAGAAUUAUGGUUGGGGCUGGACCAGUGACAGUAGAGGGAGAUGUGAUGAGAUUCUUCAUAGGCCUGAAAGAUAGGACCGGUAGGUUUUCCUGGUGCUUCAGUUAUGUCUGAACAAAGGCAGUGAAGAACCGUUUCAAGUGUUUGUUUUGUUUUUUGUUUUCUGUUUGAACGUUUGAAAGAAUGGAGUUGGGGAAGUCAGCAUAAAGAGCAGAUUUCCGGGAGAAGGUCACAGGUUGGAUUUUGGACAUGAUGAUUCUCAAAUGUCUCAAGAUGGAUACGUCACACAGGCAGGUGGACAUAAAGGGUCCCCGGUGAUGGCAGAAAUGGACCCUACACAGGGCCGUGUGGUCUUUGAGGAUGUGGCCAUAUAUUUCUCCCAGGAGGAGUGGGGGCACCUUGAUGAGGCUCAGAGAUUGCUGUACCGUGAUGUGAUGCUGGAGAAUUUGGCCCUUUUGUCCUCACUAGGUUCUUGGCAUGGAGCUGAGGAUGAGGAGGCACCUUCACAGCAAGGUUUUUCUGUAGGAGUGUCAGAGGUUACAACUUCAAAGCCCUGUCUGUCCAGCCAGAAGGUCCACCCUAGUGAGACAUGUGGCCCAACCUUCAAAGACAUUCUGUGCCUGGUUGAGCACGAUGGAAUUCAUCCUGAACAAGACAUAUAUAUUUGUGAGGCAGAGCUUUUUCAGCACCCAAAACAGCAAAUUGGAGAAAAUCUUUCCAGAGAGGAUGAUUGGAUACCUUCAGGUGGGAAGGACCACAGAGUGCACAUGGAAGAGGAGAUCUUCACAUGCAUGGAGGGCUGGAAGGACUUAUCAGCCACCUCAUGCCUUCUCCAGCACCAGGGCUCUCAAAGCGAGUGGAAGCCAUACAGGGACACAGAGGACAGAGAAGCCUUUCAGACUGGACAAAAUGAUUACAAAUGUAGUGAAUGUGGGAAAACCUUCACCUGCAGCUAUUCAUUUGUUGAGCACCAGAAAAUCCACACAGGAGAAAGGUCUUAUGAAUGUAACAAAUGUGGGAAAUUCUUUAAGUACAGUGCCAAUUUCAUGAAACAUCUGACAGUUCACACUAGUGAAAGGACUUACGAGUGCAGAGAAUGUGGAAAAUCCUUUAUGUACAACUACCGACUCAUGAGACAUAAGCGAGUUCACACUGGAGAAAGGCCUUAUGAGUGCAACACAUGUGGGAAAUUCUUUCGGUACAGCUCCACAUUUGUUAGACAUCAGAGAGUUCACACCGGAGAGAGGCCGUAUGAGUGCAGGGAAUGUGGGAAAUUCUUUAUGGACAGCUCCACACUCAUUAAACAUCAGAGAGUUCACACCGGAGAAAGACCUUAUAAGUGCAAUGAUUGUGGGAAAUUUUUUAGGUAUAUCUCCACACUCAUUAGACAUCAGAGAAUUCACACUGGAGAAAGGCCUUAUGAGUGCAGUGUAUGUGGGGAAUUGUUUAGGUACAACUCCAGCCUCGUUAAACAUUGGAGAAAUCAUACUGGAGAAAGGCCUUAUAAAUGCAGUGAAUGUGGGAAAUCAUUUAGGUACCACUGCAGACUCAUCAGACACCAGAGAGUCCACACGGGAGAAAGGCCUUAUGAGUGCAGCGAAUGCGGGAAAUUCUUUCGUUACAACUCUAACCUCAUUAAACAUUGGAGAAAUCACACUGGAGAAAGGCCUUAUGAGUGCAGAGAGUGUGGGAAAGCCUUUAGCCACAAGCAUAUACUUGUUGAGCACCAGAAAAUCCACAGUGGAGAAAGACCUUAUGAGUGCAGCAAAUGCCAGAAGGCCUUUAUUAGGAAGUCUCACCUGGUUCAUCACCAGAAAAUCCACAGCGAAGAGAGGCUUGUGUGCUCCAUGAAUGUGGGGAAUUCUUUAGCUAAAACUCCAACCUCAUUAAACAUCAGAGAUUUCACAAUGGAGAAAGUUUACCAUUGACUAUUGUAAUUGGGUAGUAAUGUUAUAUAAAUUCCACAUUUUUAUGCAACUAAUCUCCAGAACAUUUUUCCUCUUACAAAAAAAGUAAAAUGCUGUACCCAUUAACAACAACUCAUUCCCCUUCCCUACUUCCCCAGAAAUGUCUCAACUAUGUUUCUAUACUCUGUAUCUAUGAAUUUGAUAUCUAUUGGUACCUCAUAUAAGUGGAUUCAUACAGUAUUUAUCUGUUGAGACUGGCUUAUUUCACUUAGGAUAAGGUCUUCACGGUUCACCCACGUUGUAUAAUGUGUCAGAAUAUCCUUCCUUUUUAGGUGAAAUAAUAUUCUAUGAUUUUAUAUACCACAUUUAUUUAUCCAUUCAUCUGUCAGUGGAUGCUUGGGCUACAUCCACCUUUUGCCUAUUGAAAUAAUGCUGCUAUGAAGAUGAGUGUACAAGUGUCUAUUCAAGAUUCUACUUUGAAUUCUUGUAGGGUAUAUACUCAGAAAUGGUGGUGCUGGAUCAUAUAGGAUUUCCUUUUUUUUUUUUUUUUUUUUGCGAGACAGAGU